AUGCCAGUCACUAUUCCGGCUCUUGGUCCCCAGUUCAACCGGCUUCCCAACGAGCUUCUUCUCGAAAUCUUCAAGCACGCAGUCAUGCUGCCCUCUGCUUGCGAGCUCGGCGACGUCAUCGACGAGAAGACUUUCAAGAUUCUCCUCAACGUCGGCCCCUUCGCUAGGCUUCGCCGCGUGUGCAAGACGUUCUCUGCCCUCGCCAUUCAAGUCUUCUAUGAGUGCAACAAGUUCAUGUUCACUCAGAAGGACAUUGCGGACAACAUCACCAAAUGGCAGACCUCACUACCCGCCCAGGUCCCCUGGUCCGGCGUCCGCCAUUUCCUCCGCCGCAUGACCAUCCACAUCACGCUCGAAGACUUCUUCAUGACUCUGAGCCCCGAGCAGGCUGCACUACCCCCUUCUGCGCGUCAGUUCACUCUCGAACCACUCACCAAUGUUCAGCAGCUGCUUGAGUACUGCCCCGGUGCCGUCCAACUUCACGGUCUCACCAACGCCCUCACGGGCUUCAGCAGCCUGCACAACCUGGACCUCCACAUCUCGACUGAUGUUCGCACUAAUAACGUCGGUCGCUUCUUGCGCGUUCUCGAAGACGCCGGGAUCAAGGUACGCGCUCGCAAGGUCUUGAUGGAUAUUCGCACUGUCGAGGACACGUUCGAGCUCUGGCACCCUCUGCUCCAACAGGUCGUCGUCGUGGAGUAA